GCCGAGAAAUAACCAUGUUCUUGCUUGUCAGUUGUUUUGCUCUUGUGGUCUCUGCACUGGGGUGUGGAGUACCUGCUAUCAAGCCUCAAGUGAGCGGAUACAACAAAAUUGUAAAUGGGCAGAACGCCGUGUCUGGGUCCUGGCCCUGGCAGGUUUCGCUUCAGGAUGGUAGGGGAUUCCACUUCUGUGGAGGAUCCCUGAUCAGCCAGUACUGGGUUGUCACUGCUGCUCACUGCCGUGUGUCUGCUGGAAACCACCGUGUUAUCCUGGGAGAAUAUGAUCGUCAGUCAAACAUUGAGCAACUUCAGGUCAAGACAAUUUCCAGGGCCAUCACUCACCCCUACUACAACGCCCAAAACUUCAACAAUGACAUCACGCUUCUGAAGCUGUCAUCCCCAGUUCAGAUGAAUCCCCGUGUGUCCCCUGUGUGCCUGGCCAACUCCAACACCACCCCCCCCUCUGGCUCCAUGUGUGUCACCACUGGGUGGGGCAAGACGGGCCAAACCUCAACCCCCCGCUACCUCCAGCAGACUGCGCUGCCUCUGCUCAGCCCUGCUCAGUGCAAGCAGUACUGGGGUAGUAACAGAAUCUCUGAUGCCAUGAUCUGUGCUGGUGCUUCUGGAGUUUCCUCCUGUCAGGGUGACUCUGGUGGCCCUCUGGUCUGUCAGAAUGGAGGAGCGUGGUACCUUGUGGGUAUUGUGUCCUGGGGAACCUCUAACUGCAACGUGCGCACCCCUGCCGUGUACGCUCGUGUGUCCUACCUGCGCAGCUGGAUCGACCAGACUGUUGCGUCCAACUAACUUGCAAUCACACACAAAAUCUGCAAUGCACAUGUGCCUACAUGUUUUCCCUCACUUCAUCAUCCUGCUCCUCACUGUGAUCAAUGAGUGAUUCUAUACAGCAUCAAUAUUAGCUGUCAGAAUGAUGGAACUAUUUCUAUUGACUUUGAAUGGUAGCAGCCACUCACUGUUCUGCUAUGUUUGGUGCAUGACUGAGAAAUCAUGAAUAAAAUAUAACUCUUAUGAACA